AUGUGUAUCGCCAGAGUGAGACUCCACUCUGGUCACGGGCACUUGCUGGGCUACCAGUGUUUGAAGCUGUGCUACAUCCGCUUGAUUUGCAGCAGUAUCGUAGCCUAUGCAAAUUCAAGUGGAAAUCCAUCAGUCGUUGAUCAUCCAGAGCAGAAAUGCGCAGAUCAUCCGUAUCAGAAUAAACAGAAGCAGUGGUGCAGAUUCAAAGAUGGACAAUGCAACACAGUGAGGACUAAAACAUCUCAGAAUUCAUCAGUGUACAUCAGUGAUGAUGGGAGAGGAAUCUUCAGUGUGAGGAGGAUCAGUGGACUGAAGAAGAGUGAUGCUGGAUGGUACUGGUGCAGUGCAGGAGAUCUGCAGGUUCCUGUUGACAUCUGUUUCAGUGAUCCACCUCCAGAGGUAGAGAGCAUGAGGACACUGAAAAAUGUAGCUGUAAAAAGUGGAGGAUCUGUCACUAUUCCAUGUCUUUAUGAAGAGAAGUACAAAGCAAACAGUAAAUUCUGGUGCAAAGGGUACCAUUGGGCUACCUGCAGUAUCGUAGCCUAUGCAAACUCAAAUGGAAAUCCAUCAGUCAUUGAUCAUCCAGAGCAGAAUUUGUUGACGGUGCAACUGAACUCUGUCUCUGAGUCUGGAACGAGUUGGUGUGCAGCAGAAAUUGGGGAUAAAUGGCAGCCAGAUGACCGUGAUUAUUUGUACCUGACAGUUAGUCAAGAUCCUGAUCUGUCAGUGAGGGAGAGCAGAGUGAGAGGUGAGGAAGGAGGCAGCGUCACAGUCCAGUGUCUCUACAGUGCUGAGUAUCAGAAUACACAGAAGCAGUGGUGCAGAUUUAAAGAUGAACAAUGCAACACAGUGAGGACUGAAACAUCACAGAAUUCAGCAGUGUACAUCAGUGAUGAUGGGAGAAGAUCCUUCAGUGUGACCAUGAGAAGACUGAAGAAGAGUGAUGCUGGAUGGUACUGGUGCAGUGCAGGAGAUCUGCAGGUUCCUGUUCACAUCAGUGUCAGUGAUCCACCUCCAGUGACUACAACAUCACUUGUGUCUGAGUCACAGUCACAGUCACUAACAAGUGAUUCCCUGUGCAUGAGGACACUGAAAAAUGUAGCUGUAAAAAGUGGAGGAUCUGUCACUAUUCCAUGUCUUUAUGAUGAGAAGUACAAAGCAAACAGUAAAUUCUGGUGCAAAGGGUACCAUUGGGCUACCUGCAGUAUCGUAGCCUAUGCAAACUCAAAUGGAAAUCCAUCAGUCAUUGAUCAUCCAGAGCAGAAUUUGUUGACGGUGGAACUGAACUCUGUCUCUGAGUCUGGAACGGGUUGGUGUGCUGUAGAAAUUGGGGAUAAAUGGCAGCCAGAUGACCGUGAUUAUUGGUACCUGACAGUUAGUCGAGAUCCUGAUCUGUCAGUGAAUGAGAGCAGAGUGAGAGGUGAGGAAGGAGGCAACGUUACAAUCCAGUGUCUCUACAGUGCUGCGUAUCAGAAUACACAGAAGCAGUGGUGCAGAUUUAAAGAUGAACAAUGCAACACAGUGAGGACUGAAACAUCACAGAAGUCAUCAGUGUACGUCAGGGAUGAUGGGAGAAGAUCCUUCAGUGUGACCAUGAGCAGACUGAAGAAGAGUGAUACUGGAUGGUACUGGUGCAGUGCAGGAGAUCUGCAGGUUCCUGUUCACAUCAGUGUCAGUGAUCCACCUCCAGAGGAACUGCUUGAUCUGUCAGUGAUUGAGAGCAGAGUGAGAGGUGUGAAAGGAAGCACAGUCACAGUCCAGUGUCUCUACAGUUCUGAGUAUCAGAAUAAACAGAAGCAGUGGUGCAGAUUCAAAUAUGGACAAUAUAUGAUCACAAUGACCGGAUGCAUGUUCAUCUCUCGUCUCUUUAUUGUUCUGUGUAACCUGAGAGCCAGAGAUGUUCUGUAUCGCAGACAACUGAAGGACGUGAUCUUGAGAAACAUGAGCUUUUACUCACUAUGUGGUUCUGUAACUCUCCUUGGGUUUUUCCUCUGUAUAUCAGAGGUAGAGAGCAUGAGGACACUGAAAAAUGUAGCUGUAAAAAGUGGAGGAUCUGUCACUAUUCCAUGUCUUUAUGAAGAGAAGUACAAAGCAAACAAUAAAGUCUGGUGCAAAGGGUACCAUUGGGCUACCUGCAGUAUCGUAGCCUCUGCAAACUCAAAUGGAAAUCCAUCAGUCAUUGAUCAUCCAGAGCAGAAUUUGUUCACGGUGGAACUGAACUCUGUCUCUGAGUCUGGAACGGGUUGGUGUGCUGUAGAAAUUGGGGAUAAAUGGCAGCCGGAUGACCGUGAAUAUUGGUACCUGACAGUUAGUCAAGAUCCUGAUCUGUCAGUGAGGGAGAGCAGAGUGAGAGGUGAGGAAGGAGACAGCGUCACAGUCCAGUGUCUCUACAGUGCUGAGUAUCAGAAUACACAGAAGCAGUGGUGCAGAUUUAAAGAUGAACAAUGCAACACAGUGAGGACUAAAACAUCCCAGAAUUCAGCAGUGUACAUCAGUGAUGAUGGGAGAAGAUCCUUCAGUGUGAGGAUAAGCAGACUGAAGAAGAGUGAUGCUGGAUGGUACUGGUGCAGUGCAGGAGAUCUGCAGGUUCCUGUUCACAUCAGUGUCAGUGAUCCACCUCCAGUGACUACAUCAAAUACUACAAUGGCGACUACAAACACUCACGAAGACAAUACGUACACAUCUGACUUAAAGCAUGAAGCAGAGUUUGUGACAUCAGCUCCCAGCAGUGUUGAAACUAUAGAGCCAGAGAUGUUCUGUAUCGCAGACAACUGAAGGAUGUGAUCUUGGUGACAUAGAGAAUAUAAGAAGCUGGAAUGUGGAUCGAUCUAUCUAUCUAUCUAUCUAUCUAUCUAUCUAUCUAGCUAGCUAUCUACAUUACAUUACAUUUACAUUACAUUUACAUUACAGCAUUUGGCAGACGCCCUUAUCCAGAGCGACGUACAUAAGUGCUUAAAUCUCUAACAUUCGAUACAUUAAUGCUAGCUCACUAGGUUACAUACUUAAGAUACCAUGAGUUUAAAACAUUUGUUCAAAGUUACAAUGAAAAAGUGUCAAAGGUUGUGUGUGUGUGUGUGUUUUUUUUUUAAAAAAAUGCAAAAGAUAAUGAAAGAAGUGCUAGUUGAAGUAUUUCCUGAAUAAGUAGGUCUUCAACCGCCGCUUGAAAAUAGCCAGUGACUCAGCUGUCUCUAUCUAUUCAUAGAGAAUUUAUUAUCUUAGUUAGUGGAACCUUUCUGUAAAAAAGCAUAACUGCAUUCAUUGAUCUAUUAACAUUGUGUGAAGGAAUAUUACAUUUGGUUGUUGA